AAAAACAAUCGAACCAGGCUUUGUAUUUACCACAACCAGAAAGCUUUAAACUGGCCAACGAUUAAUUUCAACGGACUUGAAAAAAAUAAAAUAUUUACAAAAAUACAUCAUACGAAUUCGCGAUCGGUUCGAGAAAGAAGAUAGGCGGAUAGGCCGGUGGAGGAAAAAAGCAGUGAUAUUUUAAAUGUAUUCAAAAUCGCCGGUGAACAGUUUGAAAGUGUGCGAGUGUGACAAUAACAAUUUGUGCACCCCGCAAAUUAUGAAUAAACUUUUUAAUGCUAGUGAGAAAUUGUCGAAGAAGGAAAAAUGCAAUAACAAUAAUGUCAGUAAAAAUCCUGUAGCAAACAUAGAAAUAAGAAAAGAAGAAGUGCUUGCAAUUAGAAAUAGAUUUCCCACAAAAAUUCCAGUAAUAGUUCAAAGAUUUUAUAAGGAAACUCAUCUACCACAUCUUGAUAAAGCAAAAUUUCUUGUGCCCCAAGAGAUAACCAUGUCUCAAUUUCAAACGAUAAUAAGAAAUAGAAUACGCCUCAAUUCUCAUCAAACGCUGUACCUAUUAGUAAACAACAGAUCAAUGAUGAGCCUAACCCUUACACUGGCAGAAGUUUAUGGAGAGCAUGCAGACACUGACGGAUUUCUGUAUGUAACGUAUGCAUCUCAAGAAGUAUUUGGCCAAUGACGAAGGUUGAAAAGUGAAAAAUUUCUAAAACAGUAUUUAUUUGUAAAUUGCUAGUGUUGUACUGCAAAUAUUGAUUGAAUCAGCAAUCUUCAUCACUCAAAAUUUUUUGUCAUAGUUUUAUUAAUGCAUUUCAAAUUUUCAGCUAAACUUUCAAUAAAACCCGAUUAAUAUUUAUACCGAAGCUAACUAAUUUUUAUAUCCAAUGUUGAUUUGUUUUUAAGAAGUUAAGACUAACGUAUUGAGACUAACAAAAAGUAACGUUUGGAAUGAGUAUAAUACUGUUAUAGAAAUUUAAAUUUUUGGUAUUAUCUUAGGUAGGGUUUUUUAAUUUUUUUCCAAUUACUAGCUGUGUAAUAUGUUGUUGGUGUUGAAAGACUGUUCAAAUUCGUUAUAAGAAUAAUUUUA